UCAUUUCUGGGUCACAAUAUGUACUCGUAUCCUAUGAUUGAACAGCCUGGUUAGGGAAAGUCGGUUUUUUAGGGGGCGUUUAAGGAUGGGGGUAUAUUCUGGAAUCAGGUGGUUUUUUACUGUGUUAUGGGGGGUUGGGCUCUUGCGGGGGCAUCAUUGUUUGGUUUGUUUUCCGGCGUAUGGUACCUUUGCUAUAUACGCUUUUUCUUCAACUUGGGGGCGGCGGCGGCGUCUAGGUCUGCUUUUUUUUCUCUUUCUUGCUUUCUUGCUUUUCGUCUUCCGGGCAGGCGUUACUUUAUUACCGGUGGGUGCUGCUUAGGUGCUUGGGUGCAUGGGGGGGGGGCGCUUGGUUCCGCGGAUGUGGAUGUGGCGAGCAUAUGCCAUAGGUGCCGUAGCAUAACAUAGAGGACUACUUAUAGUAGGUGCGAAUACCGAUUAUGUGCCGAUUCUGUG